AUAUUUAAAACGCCCAAGUUGUAGACUACCCAUUUGCAAUCAUGGCGGGUGCUUCGGCUGGAGAUUGGUGUCUGAUCGAGAGUGAUCCCGGUGUUUUUACAGAGCUGAUUAGAGGCUUUGGUGUUGGUGGAAUGCAAGUUGAAGAAAUAUGGACCUUGGAUGAUGACACUGCACUGGAGAAGCUGAAGCCUGUUCAUGGGCUGAUAUUCUUAUUCAAGUGGCAGCCUGGAAUGGAUUCAUCUGGAACGAUCGUUCAAGACAGCAGAUUAGAUGACAUCUUCUUUGCUAAACAGGUAAUCAACAAUGCAUGUGCCACCCAAGCCAUCCUGAGUGUUCUGAUGAACUGUCACCAUGGUGAUAUGACCCUUGGCAACCAGCUCAAGGAAUUCAAAGAGUUCACUUCGACCUUUGACCCCACAAUGAAAGGCCUUACUAUUAGUAAUUCAGAAGUCAUCAAAGAUGUUCACAACAGCUUUGCAAGACAACAGAUGUUUGAGUUUGAUUCGAGACAAGCUAACAAGGAUGAUGAUGUUUAUCACUUUGUGAGCUACAUGCCCAUCCAGGGAAGGUUGUAUGAACUGGAUGGAUUGAAAGACGGCCCAGUAGAUCUAGGAAGAGCCGAUGAUGGAGACUGGCUGAAAACAGUGAAACCUGUCAUCGAGGAGAGAAUACGCAAGUAUAGUGCAAAUGAGAUCCACUUCAACCUGAUGGCCCUCAUCUCAGACAGGAGAAUGAUAUUCAACAAAGAAAUCAGCAGAUUACAAAACCAACUCAAGGCAGUACAAGGCCAGGAGGAGCUGAUGGAUACUGACCAAUCAGGACCUGUGUCUGCUGAUGCCAUCCAAUCAGAGCUGAGCAGGUAUAGGCUCUUGCAGGAAGACGAGGAUAGGAAAAUCAAAACAUUUAAGGUAGAGAAUGUAAGACGGAAGCACAACUACCUACCACUCAUCAUGGAGCUCCUCAAGAUCUUAGCCAGCAAAGGAGAAUUAGUGCCUUUAGUUAAAGAGGCAAAAGAGAAAGCUCUAGCAAAGCAGGAGAAGGAAAAGCAGAAGAAAGUGACUGAAGCAAGAUAAGAAUCGGAGAAGCCACCCUCGGAUAGGACAUUAACAUGUAUUGACAACAAAAGGGGACAGUAAACCAAAAGUUGAUCCCCAGUGGCCUUCCACUCACCAAAGUCACAAAGCCACUGUUCUCUCAACUACUGUGACAAACCAAAAAAAUUCACUUGCAUGAAAAACUUGUAAAUUCAUGAGUGCUUCAGUUUAGUGAAUGUUUCAUGCCGCAAUCAGAACUGAUACACAACACUCGAUUUUUGCAAUUCAUGAAAGUUUCUUGCCAUCAAAUUGGCCGUCCGUAAGAAUUUACAAAAUGCUCAUGUCACAAAAAUUUCUGGUGUAGACCAAUGUUUUCUGCAGACUUAUCCACUACCAAUUCAUCUGAAGCUAAGAUAUCAUUCUCCAUGUAUCGUUAUUAAUGUCCAAGUAUUAACUGUAUCACGGUCAUUUGCUAUAUCAUUUUUUUGUUGUUGGUUGUAUUUGUGUUUAUAAGAAACUGUACUGCUGAUUCAUGAUUACCUGCAAAUAUGUUUCUGUAUUGUUCUACGAGCAAGAGACGUUAUUUAUUUUCAUAUUGACCCUUCAUAUUCAUCCAUAUUGUAAGA